AUGGCAUCACAGUUACAUCGACAGCGUGGAGUUAUUCUCGGACGCCUGUCGCGAAUUGAGGCGUUCAUUCGGGACUACGUAUCGAAACCCGGAAUCACAUCGGAGUUGAUUCAGGCACGUUUGGACGUAGUCGACCAGUGUUGGGUGGAGUAUGACACCGUACAAUCUGCCAUUGACGUGGAGGAAGGAAUUAAUGUCGAAGAAGAAGAAGAAAAGCGGGCUAUCUUUGAGGAAAGAUGCAUCAACGCUAGAGCGGCAUUACGUUCCAUCAUCCAUAAAAUACAGGGAACAGGACAAUUGGCGGCAAUUGCGAACAGUGGUCAACCCUUAAUGCCUGCUAAUCAAUUUCCUGUGCUACAACAGCAAAUAGCAGUACGAUUACCCACGUUGGAGUUGCCAACGUUCAGUGGUGAUUACAUGGACUGGCCAGCAUUUCGUGAUGCAUUCGAGGCGCUCAUCGAUAAAAACCUGCAGUUGUCUAACGUACAAAAGCUGCUUUAUCUAAAGUCCACACUCAAAGGUGAACCAGCGUGCAUGUUGGAAGUCAUAGAUACCACCGACGCCAACUAUCGUGUAGCCUGGGAUUUGCUUGUGGAGAGAUUUGAAAACCGACGGAUAAUUAAGCAGAAGCAUCUGAAGGCGUUGUUUUCCAUCAAGCAAGUUCCAGAAGAUUCGCCGAAAGAGUUACGCCGGUUGUUAAAUGAGUGCCAACGGAAUGUGAAUGCGCUUAAACAGUUCGGUGAGCCUACGGAUGAAUGGGAUACGAUUUUGGUGUACAUGAUUGCCAGCAAACUCGACGGGGCAUCACGCCGCGAUUGGGAGACCCAAACUCAGGAUGAUGAUUCGCCCACUUUCGACGAGAUCGUCAAAUUUAUCAAUGGUGAUUUACACGCGGGUGGUGCUUUCGCGGUAGCAGGUUCCCUCCGGUCACGGUUGGCUCUGGCGGAAAGGGCUCGCAAACGAGCGCAGGUUGUCGGACAGUCGGGACGGUCACGCCGCAUUCCGCGAAAAACGCGGAUCAAAAGUUGCGAGGUUAGGUUAGAACAUCGUCUCUUCGGGGCUCGAGUGCGCGUGUGCGAACGGGACAAAAACCACAGCUGUCUCGUCGCGAGUGUCAGUGGUGCCCAUCGCAAAGGCCGUCGAGUGUUUGGGGAAGAAAACAGUGCGAAACAGAAAAAUAUCCGUCGGAAGUGGAGAAAAAAAGCUGGGAAACAAGUGAUUAGUGUGGAAAUAUAA